AUUUAUAAUACCAAAAAUGGACUUUAAGCAAUUAUAUGAUGAAAUGUGCCAAAAAUACCAGUAAAUGGAGGAAGAAUAUAAUCAGUUUAUUGAAGAAAGCCAAAUUUUGGAAGAUCAAUAAUAGAAGAACAUUGAGUCUUUAAACAAACAACUAGCACAAACCUAAAAUUAGUUAUUGUAACAAAAAGAAGAAACACAAAAAGCAAGAGUAUUAAAUUAUUUAUCAUUAUUUAAGAAUGAACUAUAAUAGGUUUAAAAUCAAUUAGAAAGGCAAUUAGCAAAAAAGGAAGCUCAAAUUUAAGAGUUUUAAAAAACUGUGCAAUCUCUCAAAAUAUAGAUAAUUGACUUGGAAGUUGAUUAAGAUCUAAAUAACAAUAAGAUUAGGUAUACAUAUUAUUAAACAUAGGUAGCUGGAGGAAACCAAUAAAGAAUUAGAAAUUAAAUUAGAUAAAGUUUUAGAGUAAUUAGCAAUUGCUUAAACUGAUUUAGAGACUAACAAACUUUAAUCUUAGGAAGAGAUUGAGCGUCUAAAGCAAACAUUAAAAGGUAUAUAUGUUGUCAAUCUUAGAAAAUCAAGACGAAUUGUUUGCUGCCAAAAGCUCUAGAGUUAGUAUAACAACUUCAAUUCCAGAAGUCGUAAAAAUGCCUAAGAUUGAUUCUUUAAGAGCAAAUGCAGCUGGAUUUAACAAAAGUCUGACUUUAAUAUAAGCUUUGAUUAAAGAUCUUGAUGAUAAAAUGACAUUAAUUAGAUAACCUAAGGCAUGA